CUCACAUGUUUUUGGAGCAUUGUUUAGAGUUUCCUUGGUUCAGAAAUCAACUUAAGCAGGUUCGAUUUUUUGGCUUUUCUCUUCUCUCUUUACUCCAUCCCAUUUCCUUCUUAUCAUAGAAAUUUGAUAGCUACUGGAGGCAAGUAUUUUCCAGCAUCAAUGGAGACCAUGAUCAUGGGCUUUAUCUUCCUUCCAAUGUUGUUGAUGCAAUGCUUCAUGGCUGCCUUAGCCAUGUCUCAAACAAACUUGACCACAGACCAAUAUGCUCUUCUUCAAUUCAAAGCUUACGUCACUUCUGAUCCUUUGAAUAUCAUGUCCUCCAAUUGGUCUUCUUCUGCUACUUCAAUCUGUAAUUGGGUUGGUGUUUCCUGUGGUGCUUUUCAUAGUAGAGUCACAGCCUUGGAUCUUCCAAACAUGAAUCUUACUGGCAGCCUCCCUCCUCACUUGGGAAACCUCUCAUUUCUUGUUUCUAUCAACUUGAGUGGAAACAGCUUCAAUGGCCGUUUGCCUCCAGAAUUAGGGAAGCUACAGCGUUUAAAGUUCAUGGACUUGAGCUUCAAUUUUCUCAACGGAAGCAUCCCGGAUGAGAUUUGGUUGCUUUCAAAGUUGGAGAUUUUUAAAUUAGGAAGCAACCACCUUACAGGAACUAUAUCAAGAAAUAUUGGAAGCUUAACUAAGCUAAGAAGAAUAUACAUUGGACAUACAAAAAUAGGAGGGGAAAUACCAGAGGAGAUAGGUAAUCUGCAUAAUUUGGAGAAACUUUCAGUAGAAAAUGCAAGUCUAUCAGGUCUAAUUCCACCAAAUAUCUUCAAUAUCUCUUCCUUAAGAGGGAUUUAUCUCUACACAAAUAACCUUUCUGGUACCCUUCCCGUUGACUUGUGCUACCAUCUGCCAAAUCUUGAGGAGCUUGAUUUGAGUGAGAAUCAAUUAAAUGGCUCAAUUCCCUCAAGUAUAAGUAGAUGCAAGAAGCUUCAGCAGUGAGAUUAUUGAAUUUGUUUUAUUUUCAUUUAUAAUACAUGAGAUUAAUAAUUUUUGAGUCAUUGC